UUUGAUAUAAAUGGGUCGAGCUGUUGUUUUGCUGUAAUAAUUUCACAAUCUUUUAUUUUUCUUAUACUUGAAUGAUUCUGUCUCUCCAGCUACUCUUCGGCUAGGAUCAUAUCGGAAAAAUCUAAACCAAACAAAAAAAAUCAGAAGCAGGACUAAUCUCUCCGUUUCUCUCUAUUAUCUUUACAGAUUUUGGAUCAUAUGGAGGAGGAUCGAAAAGAGAAGAACUCUCCAUGGCUAACAGUGCCACAGUUUGGUGAUUGGGACCAGAAAGGAGGAGGAACAAUUCCUGAUUAUUCAAUGGAUUUCACUAAGAUUAGAGAGAUGAGGAAACAGAACAAGAGAGACCCUUCUCGAGCCAGUCUAGGCAACGAGGAAGAGCUCAUUAAGCCACCCGAGUCAGCAACAUCAACAGAACCAACCGCUAAGCUCACGACGGUCCAUAGCGAACACUUCUCUCCGACCCACCAUCACCAACCACACUCUCCUUCUACGAGGAGAAGCAUCUUCAGCUGCUUCAACUGCUGCGUGAAAGCUUGAAGGAUUCUUCUUUAGCAAAGGAGCAGUUUAUAUAUUGACGUGUGAUUCGAAUAUGAAAAUGUAAUGUGAUGACACUUUUAUAUAUGUUCGAAUCCAUUUGUCUCUCUUUUUUUAUAUGCAUAUAGCUCUACUA